GUGGAUGCUCUGCGGCAAUUGAUACGGAGGCAUUUUAUUUUGUUUUGGUGGGUAAUUUUAAUUUUAAUUAAUAUUUUAUUCAGUGUCAGGUGCUGGAAUUGUAUAAUCAAAUGCCUUUGCUAGCAUAAUGUGAUACCUCAGUCCCCAAUGACAAUAAAUCAUCUCCAGAUGAAACUUAAUUCUUUAUGUUCUUGCAUGUAUGAGAAGAAAUUCAGUGAAGCAAAUUUCCCCUUUCUCAUUCCUUUUGCCCUGACAGGCAACCAGUGUGUGUUACGUGAACUGUAGCUUGUUUUCCCUGUUAGCCUGCCUCCUAUUCGCCUCUCCUCUGCAUCCAGUUCCCCUACUCCUGCCGUGUAAGGAGGUGACCAUGUCGGCUGAGGUGCCGGCUCAGAAGGCCGGUGGGACGGCAGCUGAAAUGGAUGUGUCAGACGAUGAGACCACCUCCAGCUCUGAGCAGGCCACCAAUGCUGCCAUCUCGACUGUCUCCACCAUACCGGACAAGUAUGGCUUCAUGCACGUCGAUGGCGACAACGUUCAUUAUGAGGAGGAGAAACUGCCGGUUAAAAUGCUACGGCAGAGGGAACACAAGUGGCUGGAAAUGCUGGAACACUGGGACAGUUUUAUGACUCACAACUUCAAAAAGGUGCGGAGCCGGUGUCGGAAGGGUAUCCCGACUUCCCUGCGCGCCAGGGCGUGGCAGCACCUCUGCGGCGGCUACUACAUGCUGCAGCGUAACGCGGGCGCCUACGAUCGGCUGCUGGAGCUGCCGAUCGACGCGCAGGUGCUGGACGAGAUCCGACGCGACCUGCACCGACAGUUCCCCAUGCACGAGAUGUUCAUGCGGAAAGGAGGGCAUGGGCAGGAGGAGCUGAUGAAGGUGCUGCGCGCCUACGCCGUGUACAACCCCUCGGACGGCUACAGUCAGGCGCAGGCCCCGCUAGCCGCCGUGCUGCUCAUGCACAUGCCCACCGAGCAGGCGUUCUGGUGUCUGGUCUCCAUCUGCAAGGAGUACCUACCCGGCUACUACGGCCAGGGCCUGGAACGCGUCCAGCUGGACGGCGACAUUCUACACGGACUGGUGAAGAAAGUGUCGCCGCACGUGUAUCGGCACCUGAAGAAGCAGAAGCUGGACCCGGCGCUGUACAUGGUCGAGUGGUUCAUGUGCGUCUAUAGCCGGACGCUGCCGUGGGCCUCUGUCCUGCGCGUCUGGGACAUGUUCUUCUGUGAAGGUGUGAAGGUGCUGUUCAGGGUCGGCCUGGUGCUGAUACGGUACGCGCUGGGACGGCGCGGCAUCCUAAAACAGUGUCCCACCAUGUACGAGACGGUCGAGUUUCUCAGAAACCUGCCGCCGGAAAUCAUGCGAGAGUCUGUGCUGGUUCAGGAGAUGACAAAGCUGGACCUCGAUGAGGACGCCAUGACUCGUGAGCACCACAAACAGCUGAAGAAGCGUCAGAAGGCCGAGCGGCGCCGGCAGAAGGCCGAGGAACGAGAGGGUCGGGAGCGCGCGGCGCGGUGACCCGCCAGGCGCGGCGCCCCGUCCUUCCGGCACUGAGGCGCUCCGCCCUGCCAGCGGACCGCCGCCCACCACUGCCACGCAGCUAGCCCGCAGCAUAAUCGCUUUAACGGGGCGCCGCGCCAUGCUCGUUUUCUGACCGCGCGACCCUAACCAUACAUGGCAGCGUACGAUAGGUAUGGCUAGGUUUAUUCCACGUGCAUUCCUGUUGGCGGAGAGCGCCGAUAUUUGUGACGUUAUGAGCUUUUAUUACCGGCGUUGGCGGCUGUUCGGCCGCACACCCAAAUAACCAGUGAUAGAGACCAUGAAUAGAGAGACCGUAUGUAGGCAUGAGAGUAUGGUGCGCGUCUCAGCUCCGUCAGAGGGCUGUGCGGCUCGCCCGAGGGCCGUUCUGAUCAACAUUACUGUGUCACUGUUGGAUGGCACGCUCGGUGGCCCUGUGAGAUGCAAUGCGGUUUGCGAAAGGCGCCGCCCUCCACCGACCGAGUCCACGGCUGCUUGCUUUUUUACUUUUUGCACACGGCGCGGAGAACGUUUUGCUUUAUUGUUUGACUUGAAAUAAUCGAAGGUCAACUCGAUUAUUGAGGCGGGAACGUAGGCGAGAUACGCCUCCUUAAAAUCGCGACGGUACUUCUUUCCAUUCAUUCUUGUUUGAUCAGAAAUAACGCUUUUCCUCAUAGUUUCCGAUCAGUUUCCCGUAAAGCUACUGUGUAUAACUUCACUAUCAUAGCUUAUAUCAACCUUCUGGCGCUAACGAGAUGUUAUCGUAUGUUAUGAUUGUAAACUGUGCCAUGACUGUUGUAAUAACCAACGUGUUUGGACGUCACGAUUCGCAAAUAAAUAAAAUAAUACACAGUGAG